AUGAUUAACAAAUUUGUUGAUUUAUCACAUAAAUUAAUCAUUAAAGAAAUCAGCGACAUUUUAAAUGAUAUAUUCUAUGAUUCUGAUGAGUAUUAUAAGAGUGAUGAUGAAAGAGAUGAUAAAAGGGAUGAUAAAGGGGAUAACAAUGCAGACGAUAAUAGUAAGAUAAGUGAAAAGAGUGUCUUAGACUAUGUUAUAAAUAAUUUAAUAAGAGAUGAUGAUUCAGAAAUACGAAAAAAAUGGCCAACGAAUUCUGGCUCCAAACAGACUGGCUUCGAUAUGCCUAUAGAAGACAACAAAUUGAUUGACAUCAGUGAAGUAGAAACAUUCUGUGGGUUUAACCCUGCGACCGAUGCAUGGAUCAGAGUGUUGCGGGAUAACCAUUAUGACUCUUUACAAAGAAUGUUUGUGAAGGCUCUUAAUGCCUACACUUGGGCCUCUCAUCCAGUAUACCAAGAGACUAGUAUCCUACGCCCGUAUGGUCUAGCCCUUCGGCCGAUGUUUGGAAUAGUGGCUGCCGGAUAA